CCCCUGCUCCCUAGUGACGGUGAUACACCUGAGCCAGGUGAACAACACUUUACACCGGAAUAUCUGUAUAUCUCAUUUCAACCUCUCCUUCAGCCUCAGAGGAGAAAACCCGGACAUCUCAAUCGUUUAAAAACGUCCUCUGCGUGGGUCACCUGUGGAGGUUUGCUUUAUGUCGCCGUGUCCUUCCACAAUAAAGUGCUGAGUUUGAAUGGAUGACGGUAUGAAGACUCAGCUGGUGAGCGCCAUCCACCUGCAGGAUGUGGAACUGCAGGAGAACCCUGCAGACAAGCAGCCGGGCGCCAACAACAACCGCACAGACGAGACGUUCACUGUCGAGGAGGCCGUGGAAACUAUCGGCUUCGGGCGGUUUCACAUCCUGCUGUUCAUCAUCAUGGGCAGCGCCAGCAUCGUAGAGGCGAUGGAGAUCAUGCUGCUGGCCGUCGUCUCUCCUGAGAUCCGCUGUGAGUGGCGUCUGGAGGACUGGCAGGUCGCUCUCGUCUCCAUGAUGGUGUUCCUCGGCUUCAUGGUGUGUGGAGUUCUAUCAGGAUACGUCGCAGAUCGGUACGGACGCUGGAAGGUUGUGUUCGGGGGCUUCGUGUGGAGCGCUUACUUCUCGUUGCUCACGUCGUUCGCUCCCUCGUACGGUUGGUUCAUCUUCCUGCGCAGCAUGGUGGGCUGUGGAAUCGCAGGAGCAUCACAGGGGUUCGUGUUAAAAACAGAGUUCAUUCCAGCAAAGCAUCGAGCGUACCUGCUGCCUCUGGCCUCCAUCUUCUGGAUGUUGGGCUCCAUGCUGAUCAUCGUUCUCGGGAUGUGUGUGGUUCCCACUCUGGGCUGGAGGUGGAUGAUCAGGAUCUCCGUCACCCCGAGCAUCAUCCUCAUCUUCCUCUUCAAGUUCAUACCUGAGUCCGCUCGAUAUAACGUGUCGGCAGGUAAAGUUCAGGCCGCCAUGGACUCUCUGCAGAAGAUCGCUGACAUGAACGGGUCGUCUCUACCUGCAGGACGUUUGAUGGAGCCACCUGUG